UUUGUCACAGACGUCCACCAGAGGCUUCACUCCUCAGGGGCAGAGAAAGAUGGCUUCCAUUGCCGUACAAGCAGGCGUUCUGCUCGUGAUGGCGGUGCUCCUGCACAGCUCGCGCCCGGCGCACGCGGAAGUGGUGGAGUCGCACCACAUCGACGUGAUCCUGCCCAACCAACGGCCCUGCCCAAAGUUCUGCCCCGAAAUCUACCAGCCCGUGAGCAGAGGGAAAUCCGAUCCCCGCGCUGGCAGUGCUCCCUUCCGGAACAAGGCGGAGUGCGCGCCCAAGGGGAAGCCCCGCUGGUUUAAACGGCGUCAUUUGUCCCCCACGCCCGACGGCGCGCGCCGCGCGGCUGACGAACUCCGCUCCUGUGACGCGUCACGCACCGCGCCCGCCUCUCGCCACCGCCAGGAUUGA